AUGAGUAAUUAUUNAUACGAAGCACCAUUUAUUUUGAGCAAUGGAAUUACUUAGCAGUAGAUUGAGUCACCAAAUAUCACAAAUAAUGCCCAAAAUAAUCAUACAACUGAAGUGAAUUUUGGACAAGAAGAAAAGUGUUUGUUGAAUGAUGAUGAGUCUUAAUCAAGAGUUAAUGGUACAAUUAAUACUUAUGCAUAGGACAUUGGACUAAAUAAGAACAUUUAACAUAUCUAGAAUUCGUGAGAAAUCAUGAGUCUAUUUUAAAGUCUAAGUAUGACAAAAAAUCAAAAAAAAUAUUUAAAUUAAUGAGCUAGUUUAUCCCUACUAGAACAGCUACCCAAUGUCGAUCUCAUCAUUAGAAAUUUAAUCCCUUGGCAAAAGGAAAAAAGAAAAACAGAUCAACAAACAAACAAUUAUCCACUGUCAGCCAUCAAUGAG